AACCGUGACUUGAUAUACUUGGGAGCUUCUGUGGUGAGCUUGCCGUAAUUGGCACGGACUCCUCGAAACGCCGCAUAACGUCUCAGGCGCCAAUUCUCUUUCACUUGGUGGUGUUCUUUCCGGCGCAUCUCUCUUCUUUCUUCAACCCUCCUCUCUCUCUCUUUGUCUCUCUCUCUCCCUCCCGCUGGAAAAUUACUCUCGCAAUCUACGUGAAUUUCGUCAAUUCGUAGGGUUCAUCCUCUCCAUCUCUCGCUCUCUCUAUAGAUAGGGUUUUUGAUUGUGCCUUCGAACUCUCGAAUCCCAAUUGUAUAAGCUCUUUUAGGGUUUCGCCUUCACUUUUUUCCGUACGUCCGUCACCAUGGGUGAGUGGCAGUCACUUAUCCAAUCCAUUUUUCUUGGUCUCAUUUUCUCUUUCCUCCUGGCUAAGCUCAUAUCCAUCGUCGUAUCAUUCAAGGACGAUAAUCUGACUAUAACUCGCCGCAGUAUUAGUAGUACCGACCAUGUAAAUAAUCGGCGCAAAAUAGAACCCGAUGCCAGACCGUUUGUCCACAGGUCUGAUGCCGAUGAAGCCGAGCACCACGAGAUUGAAUCGGUCAUGGCGGAGCACGGCAGCGUGAGAAAUGAAAGUGUGGACGGUGAUGACGACAAUGACGAUGAUUGGGAGGGGGUGGAAAGUACAGAAUUGGACGAGGCCUUCAGUGCUGCAACGGCUUUCGUGGCCGCUGCCGCUGCGGAUCGCUUCUCGCAGAAGGUGUCCAGUGAUGUGCAGCUCCAGCUAUAUGGGCUGUACAAAAUUGCAACCGAAGGGCCCUGUAGCACGCCACAGCCUUCGGCACUGAAAAUGACGGCUCGAGCCAAAUGGCAAGCAUGGCAGAAAUUGGGUGCCAUGCCUCCUGAAGAUGCAAUGCAGAAGUAUAUUGAUAUUGUGACAGAGCUUUACCCAACCUGGUUAGAUGGUGCGGCUUUGAGGAGCAAAAGUGGAGAUGGUAUUGGUCCAAGUUCAGGGUCUUCAGAGUCUAAGGGACCAAUGGGGCCUGUAUUCAGCACUUUUGUGUAUGAAGAGGAAGCUGGCAGUGAUUUAAAAAUUGAUGCAAUUCAUGGAUUUGCCAGAGAGGGAGACUCCACUAAUCUGCUCAAUUGUAUUGAAGAUGGUGUUUCAGUGAAUCUGAAGGACAGUGAGGGUCGGACACCAUUACAUUGGGCUGUGGAUCGUGGUCACCUUGAGGUCACAGAACUGCUUGUUUGUAGGAAUGCUGAUGUAAAUGCCAAGGAUAAUGAUGGGCAAACUCCAUUGCAUUAUGCUGUUGUCUGUGAAAGAGAAGCCAUAGCGGAGUGUUUAGUGAAGCACAAUGCAGACCCAGAUUUGAAGGACGAUGAUGGCAGCUCGUCACGUGACAUCUGCAAGUUAAACUGGCCUUGCAUGCAACCUGUGGGGAAGUAAAUGAUUGUUUAUUAGGUGUGUUGCUGAUCCUGGCACUGGCAAAUUCCUUCGGAUGUAUAUGUCUAUAUAACCCUUAUUUUUGCCCGCCCAAGUCCUGGCAUCUUCACGUUUUUCACUGCAGGAUAUGCCCAUGCAUCCCUAGGAUAUGGUUUCAUAAUCAAUUCGAUUUUGAUAUAUUCUUGUCCUUGCCAGAUCCCACAAUGUUUGUCCUUUUCUCCCCUCUUCCGUUAUAUUUGAUGGAAAAAUGUUCAUGAAAUUAGACACGCAUUCUCGUGAAUUGCAUCAAGUCUGAAGGAUGAAUUGCUUUAUUUA